CUUCCUCUUCUCUUCUUCCCAUCAUCAACAACCAUCUUUCUUCCUCUCCCUUACACAACAGCAAAACCUUCAAUACAAUUGAUACUCAACAAUCAUGGCACCCCACCUCCGCACCACAACCCGCUCAACAGGCCUCAUCGUCGGCCUCGCCGGCACCGCCUCCGCCGCCCCUCUAUUGUUUUUCCUCCCGGGCGCCGAAGAACGUCUCGCGAUGCAGGCCGCGAAAUGGGGCCCCAGAUGGAACCGCGGGUUCGCGCAUUUUGAGCGCGGCGUGCAACAUGGUGCGAGGAGCGUGGAGCCUGGUGUGAAGAGGGGCGUGCAGGUUGUGGAGCCACCGUUGAAGAGGGCUGCGUUAGCGAUUGAUCGGAAUAUUAAGGCGAAUUUGAAGUGGGCGAGUCCGAGGAAGUAGAGGGGUGGAUGGCAGGGAGGGGAAGAAGAAGCAUACGAGUAUAGACGCAUUGCAUGGUCGAUGGAUGGACUGGCAUAUCAUACAGAGGCAUAGAUGAUUAGAUGGUGCAUGUGCGGGCGAUGUAUUGAUCGAUAGACCAGGUAGAUACUUUGGUUACCGAUGUAUACAAUGAACCUGUGUGGUUCACAUAUUGAUUGUGCUUCGUAUUCAGUGGAUAGACAAGUGUUGAGAGACG